AUGCCCAAUGGCGACCGUCUGGAUUUUGUACCAGGUGGAGCGCCACCGACGCCUUGGCAGAAGCAGGACAAGUUCUCUCCGCCGGCCCCACUCCAGCUGCAGGAUGAGCCAAGUCCGGAGAGGACGAAGCCGCAGCCAAAGAGGAAGAUCAAGGCGGAAGUCGAGGAUGGCGGGAAGGAUGUCUACGAGCUGAUGUGGGAGAGCGUGGAGGCAGUGGUGAAGGACGAGGAGCUUCGCGCGAAGCUGUGGAAGUUUCUGCGGAGGACCUAUCCCGUCGCGAUUCAGGAGGCAGCCUCCCCUGUCGCGCUCUUGUCCGGGUGGGCGACGGACACGGCCUGGCGCCUGGCGCAGGCAGCCUGGCAGAGUCCCAUGCUGAGCCACUCCACUGCCGGCGAUAUCGUUGCCAUCUUGAAGCGCAUGCGUGAGGGAGGCGCGCUCCCCGAGAGCAUGGCGGGCGACACGGCCUGGGACCCUGCCUUCGAGCAGAAGCUGGAAGCGCUGGUGGCAGCGCAGCUGUCCAGGGCAAUUCCAUCGCAGGACGGUGGCCAAGGCGGCCAAGGCGUCGAAGAUGCACCGACGCCCGCUGCAAAGCCGACGGGAAGCCCCGAAGUCGAGACCAAGGCGCUUCCAGCAGCAGGCCCGAAGAAGGGCGCCCAGCGAAAGUCGGCGAAAGGCAGCGCGAAGGGACAUGGCAAGGCAGCCAAGUCCGAGGAAGCCAGCGGCAGCAAAAAGCGCAGCGGCAAGCAGGAGCCAGCACAGGCCCAGCAGCCAGGGGCCGCGCCGGGAAAAGGCGCCCCGGCGCGCCGACUCUUCACCGGCGCCCUCCAGGGGUUGAAAUCCUAA